GGGUGAGGGCUCCCAGUAGGCGACUACCAGCACAGAGCAGACUCCUGUUCCUAGCCCAUGCAGGCAGGGCACGCCGCAGAUGUGCUAAGAUGGGCUGGCAAGGUUCAUGGGGGCUGGUUUUGCUCUUGGGCUUUCUGCUGCACUCUGGGUGGAUCCUGCAAGCGAACACUGCUGCGGCGGGGAUCACAGGAACAGACCCAGAAGCUCCAGCACCCUCCCCAACAGACCCUGCUACCCCAGCGCCAAGUGAGACCCCAGCUCUACCGGCCACCAUGGCAGCAGCUUCGGCCACUGGAGCAGCGACUGUCUCUAGCCAGCAUGGUCCAAGCACAGCCGCCGAAGCCACCAGCCCUGCAGCAGAGGCCAGCCCAGCAGCCCAGGCUGCCCUCACACCAUCUGAAACCACCUUAGCAGGCAGCACGGCGACAGACGAGAGACUCACGGCAGCCCCACUCAGUUCUGUGACAGCUGAAAUCCCCAGUGCAGCCGCAGAGACACGUGUCCAUUUUGCCCUCCCACCGGCUGGAACCCCUGCUGGUGCGGCCACCACCCCAGCCGCAGAAACCACCACAAUGGUCACCCUCGCGAUGGGGAACACAACCGGACCAAGAACGGAUCCCACUCCCGGAGCAAUGACAAGCACAGCCUAUCCCUUCUCUACAGCAGCUGCAUCUAGGUCUACGGCAGCAGGGACAAACACAACCGCACAGGAUACCCCCCCACGGGUGCUAACUACACCGGUAGUGGAAUCCACACCAAAUGCAACCCCAGCUUUACCGACCACCAGCUUGGCAGCAGAGAUGGCCAGAGCCAAUGCUGCCAUCAGCCAGCCCGGUGGAACCGCAAAGACAGCGACCCUGACCACAGCAACCAAGGCUGUCCCCACGCCAGAUGACAUGACACCCAUGGCAACUCUGACCAGCGCAGGAGAAACCUCCCCAGCAGAUCCGACAACCACCACACACCGUGAGACAACUGCAGGAGGAGAGACACUCACAACAGCCUCUGUGGUCGCCAUGCCAGACACAACCACAACUCAAGGGGCUAUCCCCACAGCGACAGAAACCAGCCCUUCACUGAGGGUGAGUACCAGGGCUGCUGAGAUCACCGCACCAACGUCUGUCACCGCGUCCACGACGGAAACAGCAUCAAGCGUGGGCUCCAGCACAGAAACCACUCCGGCGGCCAACAGCCCCACUGGCGUGUCGCGUACUGCAACGAGCGAGAGCACAGCCCCAGGUCCUCACACCGCGGCAGCAGAAAGGGGAACUCCAACAGGCACCGUGAAAGAGACACUCACCACCGACAGAACAGCCAAUGCCGCAACGGCCGGCAGCUCCACGGCAAGAAGAGAGGUUCCCCGAACAGUCCGUGCUACCGCCGUCCCAGCUGGAAGCACGACGGUUAAAUUCCCAGCUACAGCUAGCCCCACUGCGGCCGCACCGAGCAGCAAGGUGCCCCCGGGUACCACUCCCGCCACUCAGAACUUCAGUGCAGCUCCAACCACGGAAUCCGCCGCUAGGCCUAACUCCACGGCCCUGCCCUGGGUCCCAGGUGUCAUGACGGAAGAGCAGAAAACAGCGCUGCCCACCUGCCACCCUCCAGCUGCCAACGCAACUGGUGCUCACAUCGUCCUAUCGGUGGGACUCACCACUCACCUGAACCUCAGGGAGCCCCAGGUUAGGCGUCUGGUUUUGUCCAAGCUUGAGCAAGAGCUAAAAAUGAAGUUCACAUGCACCGAGUUCAAUGUCCUCUGGAAAGGAGUCCGAGAAAAGUGAGCAGUGACUCUGCUGGCCCCCAAGGAACCGCCGGCUUCGUGUCUGGGUACCACAGUGAGCGGGACAAGGCCCACGACACGAAAGGGGACCACGCGGCUGCGGCUACCUGUGCUCCUCAACUCCGGAGUGGAAACCGGAAGAUACAGGUUUAACCCCAGGAGAAGAAAUCUCUCUUCUGCAUGCUGAGACCUCAGGCUUUCUUAUGCCAUAACCCUCCUGGACUCUGGUUCUCAAAGGCCAAAGCCCUUGGGAGAUUCCAUAGUCAGUAAGAAUUCAAAAAAGAGGUGAAUGCCCUUUAAAGGUCCCAGUGAAGAUGAAAAAUGUCAAGUCUGGAGAUUACCCCUCUCCGUCCUCUCUUCCUGUAUGAAAGGAGCCAAUGAUUUGAAUUGCAAGCUCUUGGGGCUGUCUCUGACUAUAUAUAUGUACAUCCUAGCACCAUAUCUCAGUCGCAGCCACUAGGCCUUGCUGUCAUAUAAUCAAUAAUAUUGGGAUCUUGUGGGCGAACAGCGAGUGGAGGCUCUGACUGCUGCUGCAUUGUUGGCUGUCCAGGUGCAGGCGAAUCCUGCGAGCCCAGGGUAAAAGGAAUUGUUUUUUCCAAGUUAUGUUUAUGUUUUGGGUUGUAUUGACCCUGGACCCAGAGAAAUGGAACGGGUCACCCAUCAGGGACCAGAGAGGCUAACCUCCCUCCCAGGACGUGUCCCCAGCCCUGCUGCCUUCACUUUCGUUCUCUGGAAUAAAUUCUUGGCUGUAAGAUCUGGGCAGUUGUUUCCGUGGCUCCCACCAGCCCCCGGGGUGGAUCGGGAUGUUUCUCUGUCUGUUUCCAGAAUGAGUCGUUAUCUGGCAGGUGGUGGGCUGAUGGGCCUGGAGAUGAAAGUCUUCUGUCUACCACUCAGCUGGAGCGAGGACUGCAUCGGUGAGAGCUUUCCCACACUGUCCUGCCAAUGUGCCUCCCUCAACCAUCCUCUGGAACAGAGAGAAAGGUCUUUGCAACCCAAGGCAAUGUGCAGUGAAUGCUAAGCACCGCAUAGGGCUUAAGGGCAACUUAAAAUAUAAGUAGGCCUAGUGCGAACCCCCCAGAGAGGAAUGAAUUUCACCCCCCCUAGUCAUUAGCUCUCUGCCUCCUUCCUGGGCCCAGCCCUUCCAAACAACAGUAGCAGGGAAAUGAAUAAAAGAAAAAUCUCUUCCUUGUUCCUCUUUGGCAGUGAACAUUCAGCCAUCCUGGCACGCCCGGGGAGUGUCACUCCAGCAAUGCGCUCUGUGUUAGCAGCAGGAGCUCCGCAGGGCAGAGGAUGGCCUCACCCUUUAUUCACCCCCCUGCUCAAUCAUUAUUCCUCCUUUUUGACCCCUGUUUUGCAUUUUUCAUAGUAGUUUGCUCCUCCUGACAGCUGCAGCCCAUCCGCUUAGCAACACAAGCCACUGUGAGCACACUGCUUAGGGACUCUCUGCAGUGGCUCCCCACUGAAUGCAGAGUCCAUUUUACAUCUUUGUCCUGAUAGUUAAAACCCACCCUGGUACUGACCCUGGCUACCUGGGAGUAUGAAGGAAGCAGUGAUGGAAACCCAGUUCUGCAGGGUCCUUUGCUGGAUUUUUCCAGUCCCAGCUAAGCAGUUUGUCCCCUCCCCGAGGCAAAUGAAACUAGUAAUUCAUUAACUGGUCAAUCAGCCAGAUAAAAUCACACUGAAACAAUGAUUAGUUCGAGCAAUUUUUUAAACCCUCCCCUUGUUUUAACAACUCCAAAAAAACAGAAUUUUGGGAAUUUCAAGACCAAAUCAAAUAAUAAUUUUUUUUUUAUUUAAUUCCUGGCCUAGCACUGGAUUCAGACUGGAAAUAAGGUGUAACGUUUUUAACCGCGAGAGUAAUUAACCACUGGAACAAUUUACCCAGGGUCGCAGUGGAUUCUCCAUCACUGGCAAUUUUAAAAUCACAGUUGGAUGUUUCUCUAAAAUAUCUGCUCCUGGAAUAAUCUGGGGGCCAUUCUCUGGCAUGUGUUACGCAGGAGGUCAGACUAGCUGAUCACAAUGGUCCCAUCUGCCUUGGAAUCUAGGAAUUGUCAGUUACACUCUGGCCCCUGUGAGCUGCUCGGGCAGAAUAACGGGGCCUCAAAGAGGACAGAAAUGGACCCUGAAGAUACACUGGCGGGUAUAGAACUGAAGACUAGUUUCAUGAUCUCAGAGAACCCCAAACCAGGGCAUAACAAAAUGACCAUUAUCACAUGAUUUGGGUGGGCAAAUCUCUUUACCAGUUAAUAAUUGUAUUUGUUAUAUUCUUCUUUGCCCUCACCCGUGAAAAAGCUUGGACUUACUUUAUUGUAUAAUCUGAUAAUGGUUCUCUACUUCGGCUUAGUUACUGUUCUUUUCUUUGUUAUCUUUAUUAGCUGUUUUAAAAUAAUUUUAAAAGACCACUCUGGGCACAACUGGGUGCGAUCUGGGACGGUCCCCCUGCCAUUCCCCCUUCAGUUCUGCCCCCCUCCCCCAUCCUGUGCCCAGCACAGGAAUGGAGUAACUGAGGACUUGGGGUCCUAUUCAGUGAAGUGUGCGUGUUCUCCUCGGCUAAUAUGCUGAACUUCCAAUGCUGAUCUGAGGAAUUCACCCUCUUAUAUUUGUGGAGAGAGGGGAGCCCCUAAAAGAAGCUAUAAUGACUUGCAAACUGAUUGGGCUGGAAUAAAACCUUACCCAAGCAUUGACCAGAUCCCAGGAGCAUGAAUCUUAGCUGAAGUUAAACAAAUCUCAGUUAAAUUGUAGGUUCUUCCCACCCCUACGAGUGGCCUGAAAUGCUGAACGUGGCACUGCUGGAUGCUGCUGCAACACAUGAUCAGCCAUAAGGAGGCGGUGAGGGGUCACAUAUAGCUCAGUACGUGGACCAUGGAGCUGGUAGGAUGCAUCAUAUGUUCUGGGCACCAGUCGCACACUGGCAGCCCUACCCAUGUGUGUGUCCAGCGCCUGGUUUCCCCCCUUUGUUGGUUUGCCUUUCCCUGUCUGUGUGCAAUGGGUGUGCAAGGACCCAGGAAUCAUAAGGAUGUUUGGCCCUUCGCGGACGUAUGGGGACUGACCCUAUUUUUCGUCCCGUGUGGGAUUGUGCUGCUGGUGUGUCCCAGUAGGAGCACGUUCAAUACGGUGGCGGUAAACUAACAGCAGCUACACCCAUAUCUGCGACAUCUCUGCCCAUCCUGCACAUGGACCCCACUGGCCUUUUUCCUUUUCCAGGAAUCCAGGAGGUGUGGGCUGGGUGACUCCCCAUUGUCACGAGACCGAGACUGGUGUUGGAGCGCAGCUUCCCAGCGGGAGACAGGACAAUGUGCCUGCAGCUCUCGCCAUUGUCACCCGCCAGAGAGGUUCUCGCACAUUGCAUUUUGCACACCACUUCGGAAACCAUUCCCCUGUGGACCCCUUCUGGUCCCAGUCCCACACCGGCCGUGCAGAGUUCUGUCUGCUCUCAUGGUCCUGCCAGCCACGAGAGAGGUCUCUGCAGACCAGCAGUGGUCCUUUCUUAGGCCAUAGUCUGAGCAUCACUGAUACGCCUCAUCAGAUACAGUGGUGAUGGGAACCAGGUGGGUGGAUGGACGGAUAACAGGGCUGAUGCAAGUUGGGUUUCUCUUCCAACCUCCAAGCCCAGGGAGCAAAGCUGCUGGUUCUGAUUCUCUCCCACAUCAUGCUGCAUAUAUAAAACACAGAAGACCCCCUUAUGUAAACUGAGGCAGAGCCUGUGUUCCCAGCCAGGAGCCCGGCUAGUGCCCUCUCAGAGACUAGACUGCUCACCUGUGUUGUUUGCACUCUCUUUACCUCCCCCCUACCUUUAAAGGUAAACAGCUCCGAUAUGUGGGCUGGCCCUAAGCAGUACGUUUUCCAGGGCCCUGUGCUAAGUAACACAUAGAAUCAUUGAAGUGUAGAACUGGAAGGGACCUCGAGAGGUCGUCUAGUCCAGUCCCCUGCACUCAAGGCAGGACUGUGUAUUAUCUAGACCAUCCCUGACAGGUGUUUGUCUAACCUGCUCUUAAAAAUCCCCAAUGAUGGAGAUUCCACAACCUCCCUAGGCAAUUUAUUCCAGUGCUUAACCACCCUGACAGUUAGGUAGUUUUCCCUAAUGUCCAACCUAAACCUCCCUUGCUGCAAUUUAAGCCCAUUGGUUCUUGUCCUGUCCUCAGAGGUUAAUGAGAACAAUUUUUCUCCCUCCUUCUUGUAACAACCUUUUAUGUACGUAAAAGCUGUUCUCAUGUCCCCUCUCAGUCCUCUCUUCUCCAGACUGAACAAACCAAAUUUUUUUCAAUCUUCCCUCAGAGGUCAUGUUUUCUAGACCUUUAAUCAUUUUUGUUGCUCUUCUCUGGACUUUCUCCACUUCAUCCACAUCUUUCCUGAAAUGUGGCAUCCAGAACUGGACACAAUACUCCAGUUGAGGCCUAAUCAGCGGGGAGGAGAGCAGAAGAAUCACUUCUUGUGUCUUGCUUGCAACACUCCUGCUAAUACAUCCCAGAAUGACGUUUGCUUUUUUUGCAACAACGUUACACUGUUGACUCAUAUUUACCUUGUGAUCAACUAUGACCCCCAGACCCCUUUCCGCAGUACUCCUUCCUAGGCAGUCAUUUCCCAUUUUAUGUGUGUGCAACUGAUUGUUCCUUCCUAAGGGGUGUAGUUUGCAUUUUUCCUUAUUGAAUUUCAUCCAUUCAUUCAUGUGGGGUUCUAUCCAGGUUCCACCCCAUUUACACCUUCAUCUCCCACUUCUCUGUGCUCACAGCAUCCUCCCUGGAUGCAGGGAACCUCAGGCUGUGGAGCGACUGGAGGUUGUGAUUGCGUGUCUGUGUUCUCCUCCUUUGGGUGUUGGCCAGCCCAAGAAGAGGAUUGCCAAUUUGUCUAGAAUUAUAUGCAGUGGAGUAGAAAUAAACAAAAAGUUUAUUUGUAGGGCUGUUGAUUAAUCGCAGUUAACUCAUGCGAUUAACUCAAAAAAAUUAAUCGUGAUUAAUUGCAGUUUUAAUCGCACUGUUAAACAAUAGAAUACCAAUUGAAAUGUAUUAAAUAUUUGGAAUGUUUUUCUACAUUUUCAUAUAUAUUGUAUUCUGUGUUGUAAUUGAAAUCAAAGUGUAUAGUAUUUUUGAUUACAAAUAUUUACACUGUAAAAAUGAUAAACAAAAGAAACAGUAUUUUUCAAUUCACCUCAUACAAGUACUGUAGUGCAAUCUCUUUAUCAUGAAAGUGCAGCUUACAAAUGUAGAUUUUUUUUGUUACAUAACAAAAACAAAACAAUGUAAAACUUCAGAGCCUACAAGUCCACUCAGUCCUACUUCUUGUUCAGCCAAUUGCUAGUUUUCUUUUCAGUUUCAAGUUGUUUCAGUGCUUUCCCAUAAAUUUGAAUGGUCGCCCAUUGUCUUUCCCUGGCUGGACAAUAGAUGGGUACUUGACAUUGGUUUUGUGUAAACAGCUGGCUUGGAAGCACACACACACAACCAAUAAACAGAGCUCCUAAUGCCCAUCAAGUUGAGAUCAUUACAAGCUUUCAUAACAGACUUUAUUUGAUAUCUAUUUGUACAUAACAACGGUGUAUGCAACCAGUUGAUUCAAUUGCUUAUUUUUUUGCUUUCAGACCUGCUGUCCUCUUCUGGAGGUGUCUGAUUGUUACAAGAGGGCUCCUUUGAGCUCUCCUCAUUCUUGGCAGUGUGGAGCUGGGCAGUGGAGGAUCUGGCCACUGGCGUAGGGAACCAGUAGGUUCUCUUAGCAUUAGACGUUCUUGUUAAACCCUGGAUUUGUGCUGGAAAUGGCCCACCUUGAUUAUCAUACACAUUGUAAGGAGAGUGAUAACUUUAGAUAAGCUAUUACCAACAGGAGAGUGGGGUGGGGGGAGAGAAAACCUUUUGUAGUGGUAAACACCCAUUUUUUCAUGGUUUGUGUGUAUAAAAAGAUCUUCUGUACUUUCCACAGUAUACAUCCGAUGAAAUGAGCUGUAGCUCACGAAAGCU